GAUCGGGUUAUCUUUGUAGAUAGCCAAGUAGCGCUGAAGGCGCUCCGCCGACCGCACUUGAUCCGCCAAUUGGCGGAACGGGGCAACUCCCUUAACCGAUAUAUCCGCCUCGCUGCCGCGGCUAAGCGCCGGUAUCGUAGUAAGGCGAAGAUCGAGUGGGAGAGAGCGUGGAUAAACGAGAAGACUAGUAGAGCGACGAGACGCUUGAUCGAAGCACCGACAAAGAAUAAUAUGGAAUACUGGUUAGGACUGCGUAAAGCGACUACGUCGAUACUGAUUGCGUACCUAAAUCGUAUCAACCGACGCGACUCGGCGCGGCACUUAAACGGUGAACUAUAUUUUGCUCGAGUGCCGGUUGCACUAAGACGGGCGCGACUGGAUGCGGAGCGCCCUUUCCGACCAGGGGAUCGCUCUCCGUCGAGACUAGCUCUAGAUGCGGCCGGAGGCACGUAUAAUUGUGGCCGAUUUUAUGGUCAAAACAGGUCUUUUGGGUCAAUUCUAAGUAGUCGACCUAAUUACCCUGGAUGCAGAAGAGGCUGA